AUGGGAUUCAACCAGGAACUCGACCAGCUGAUCUUGCAGUCGGUCUUCGAUUAUCUGUGGGUGCUGCGAAAGGACACCACGCUCUUGCUCUCCUUCAUCGAGCGAAUCGUCACUCUGAUUGGCCAGGCGUCCUCCCUCUACAAUGGAAACACAGACCAACAGGCUCUGCUCUGCGUGAAGGCCUCCGAACUGCUCUAUAAAGUGUGCCAGAUUCUGGGAAACAUCCUGGUCACGCAGAUGGACAUGAUCCUCGACGCGCUCUUCGGCCUGAUCUCCACGGCCAUCACGCCGACGGUCUGCAACAAUCUCUGCAAGGCUUUCCUCUAUCUCGCCACGAACAUCACCGAGUCGCAGAAGCGACAGCAGCGCUAUGUCCAGGUCUUCACUCCCGUGAUCAACUUCCUCUCCGAGAAGAGCGUCGUGGAAUCCUAUUCCAACCCGCAGAACUUCCAUCAGCUCUACUCUACCAAUGCGGACAAGCUCGCCGAGCUGGGCAAUUCCCUGUCGUGCCUCGUGUUCAUGCUGGACGCGAUCUUCUGCACGAAGGGAGAAUACCGCGAGAUCGUUCUGUCGAUCUUCCAGCGCAUGGGCGAGUCGCUCGCCUACCUCUACCUCACCGUCUCCUAUCUGCUCGUUUUCUCCAACGGAAACGAGCCCGAGCUGGCGUGCUGGCGCGUGAUCACGCCUUCGGAAAUCCCGUCGGCGGUGCAGUACGGGAACGCGGUGCCGCCGCAGAGCACGCGUCUCUACAACAUCUUCGGGUUCCUGAACAAAAUCUGGAGACAUCUGCUGAACUUGGAGACUGUCGCGACGGACGAUGUGCUGUCCUUCUUCCAGAGCACAAUCCUGCAGCUUCUGCCCUUCUUCCGGCACAAAAUGGCCGCGACGUUCCUCACCUGCAUCAUGACGCCCUUCUAUCUCUCCUCGCCUUCCUCCUGGACCACCAAGCAGCCCUCUCCUCUGCUCCUCCAAUUCACCUCCGCGGCGCUUAGCGCUCUGCUCUCGCUGGUGGGUUCGGAGCAUUACACAGCGUCCAUUCGCCCCUUGGGCAUAAUCGCUCCUGGAAUGAGCUCGGAGGCCGCGGAGGCGCAAGGCGUGGAGUCGAUUUACUACGAAGGCACGUUGGCUCUGGCGGACAGUCUGCUCGACUUCCUGAUGAGCAUUUCGAGUAACGACGGAAGCGGGUAUUCGGAGACGCUGGCGAUGCGUCAGUUCCGCCAGAAAGGUUUCGACAAGGAAGUGAUUAAGGCUGGAGACGGAAAGAACUUUCCGAAGACUGGUGAUAUGCUGACCAUGCACUAUACUGGUACUCUGACCAGCGGAAAGGUGUUCGAUAGCUCGCGCACCCGUGGAAGACCUUUCCAGUUCGUGAUUGGUAUUGGCCAGGUUAUUAAGGGCUGGGAUGAAGGUGUGAUGACGAUGUCUCUUGGUGAGAGAGCCAAGCUCACCCUGACCCCUGAUUACGGUUAUGGCGCUCGUGGAGUCCCUGGAGUGAUUCCUCCCAACGCCACUCUCGUUUUUGAUGUGGAGCUUCUCAAGAUUAACUAAGAUCUCACUC